GUCUGACUUAAGUCUAAGACAGCUUUGUGAUCCUGGUACCAAGGCGAUGCCUGCCCCUCGGGUCGUGAAUAACGGUACCUCUUAGACAACCACUACCACGCAUGCACAAGGCCCGCUCCCCGAGACGUGGAGCUCUUCACACAUGGAGGUAAUAUCUGACGCUAGCGUGGACAGAUAUAUAUGCAAAUUUGGGCAACAAGGGCGGCUUCUUUAUGUCGCUGGAUAAACACUGGGAUCUGUCGGAGGUGUGAAUCAAUCCUCAUCUCAGACAGGCAGUCUUGGGACUUGAAAUCAGGCUGACACUUUCUGUCUACCAAGAGAUUUCAUGUGUGCUUAUUAAAAAUGGGAGUGACCCUGGAGAGAGUACAGAACAAAUUUGCCUGUAUCAUCGGAGAACUCUGCAAUGAGCCAUACGUUUUGUCCCAGUUUGCCAUAUGGGUUGACUUGAGAAUUGCAGAAUACAAGGCUAAAGGCUCCAUUGCUCUAGAUUGCACAGGGAACAUCCCAGAACCAACAUGGCUGAAAGGGCUGAACCCACCGGCACCUAUCCAAUCAGAUCUUCCGUUACACCGAGGCCUCACAACAGUGCGCAGUAAAAGUCCACGACACAAACGGCAUGGCCUUGGCCACUCUCCGACUGCUAUGCUGCAUCCCACUUCUGACACCAGCCAUCUUCAGGAGCGUGAUACAGGCGACAGUGAUAUUUUAGAACUUGUGGUGAAAAAUGAACCUCAGGAGGUGUUUCCUGUGAGUUUACACGUUCAUGACAGACUGAGUGCAGAUCGAACGAACUCCAGAAAGCGUGCAAGUGCACAAGACCAGGACGUUUUGCAUUCAGACAAUAGCAUAUUCCCCACCUCCGCAUCCACACCCUCAAAGUCCAGACGCCUCUCCUCACACUCAGACAAUAGUUUUUCAGCAGGUGGACAGGACUCUGUGUCAAACCAAAGUUUCUUAUCAGUCAUAGGCAUUGGUGAGCAGCCGUCCACAUCAUCUAUAUCAGACCAAGCGGGUGAUGCACUGUUAACUGUCCAGAGAUAUGAAGCUAGUCAAAUCAGCGAAGAAGACCAAAGUGUAGGUGCUGAUCCGUCCAUAUCAACCUCAAGUCAAUCAGUGCCAGCUGACCGCUCCGCGGAGUUGAUCAAGAUGCUGAUGAGAAAGUCCCAGGGUUUCUGGACGCCGGAAGUGUAUCCUGACGCCAGCAACGCUCCAAGCGGCAGCGACACCAGCGGACAAAUGAGUCCAGGGGAGGUAAUUCAUGAUCUCACUAAACAGGACAUAGCAGACGACGGCAUCAAAGCCACAUCGACGUCAACCAUCGUGAACACGCGAAGCGCUGUGGGAAUUUUCGAGCGUUGGUUAUUCGAAGAACACGGAAAUGACCAGCGUAAAAUCGAGACGAUUCCUCCCGCUGAAUUAGACCAACUUUUGUCUGAGUUUUGGAUAGGAGUGCAGAGUCGAACUUCCGGACAAUACCGUGCAGGAACGCUCAACAAUUUAAGGGCACGUUUGGAACGGCAUCUCAGAGUAUGUGGGUACCCUCACUCUAUUGUCAAGUCGGAAAUCUUCAACAGGAGCAGAUGUGCUUUCAGAGACAGGGUGGCAGCGUGCAAGACGAAAGAGACGAAUGACAUUGUACCUGAUCAACCAUUCGGAACCUGAUUCCGAACCUUUAAAUGCUGUGACACGGUGAUAGUGUUCUGAGGAAAGAUUAGGUGCUAGCGUUAUGUGACGACUUAUGAAGCUUUUCGAAAAGAAAUCGAAUCGGAUUGGCCGAAAAGUUUUUACGCAACUUGUAGCCUAUGAGUGUUCCUUUAGCCGUUCACGAACAGGACCAAAGGGAUGUAAGGUGCUAGUCGAGUGCAUGUUAUAUUACCACAAAGGCAUUGUUUUUAUGUUUUUAUUUUUUUUUAUUUUUAUAAGUCACUCUGAGGCCCAGAAUAACGAAAUCUUGAUUAUUUUCAGAUAGGAUUAUUCCGACUAUUUUUAGACAUUGUCGGUUUUUGUAUUUUAUUUCUGUGACUUUGCCGUGAAAGAAUCAAAAGUGGUAAAGUGUGGAGUAGACGGAGGAUAUCUCCAACUUUUAACCCUCUCUUGUUAUAUAUGUUUAUAAAUGCAACAGAAAUUGCUAUUUUUUUCAUAUUUUACAUUGAAUCUCGUAGAAAUAAAGAAAAAAAAUAUCGAGGUAGGUGAAUCGGUUCGGCGGGUGGGAAAGUUCGCCUGUCACUUACGCCCGAAAAAUGGUGUUUUAACUUUUUAACAGAAUGUCUGUUGUUUGAGUGAUGCUAUCUAUGAAGUAUUGUUGUUGUGGCAAAUUAUUCUGUUAAAUAUAGCACACAUUCUGAUUCUAUUAACUCAGCAAUAAGAUUCUAUUAGACAAACAGGAUAAUAUGUUCAAUACAACAGUAUUAUGCGAUAGUUACGUUCUAGUAAUACAUUCUAAGAUCACUCAAACAACAUACUUUUUGUUAAAAUUAACACAUUAUUUUUGUAGUGUAACAUAGGUGACUGAGUAGCUCCACUCCUGACACUUACCGCCGUGGUAUAAGUAAAAUAUCCUUGAUAAGGGCAGUAAUCAAGCAUGAAGGAAUUCCCUCGAGGCUUUGUACCACAAAGGUUUGCAGAUAUGUAUCGUUGAUGAUGUAAGCACUUCCAUCAACACAACACAGAACUGCUCAUCCCUUUUUCUACUUAGUGUACAGAAAAUCAGUAUAAAUUUAUAUUGCGUGUGAAUUUUCAUUUAUCAUUCAUGAAGAGACGACAUCCGCUUAGAUGGCUCUUUCCUAAUGAGCUGAACGUAUGUCACCCGCCGGUCCACCAAGACCACGAAGAAAGCAGAUUAUACGCGUAGCGUUUUAUUUCGUAGCUCUUGAGUAAGACGUUAAACAACAAACAAAUAAAUUGUUUUAUAUUUAUCGGUUCGUGUGCAGAUGUGAACAGUUAUUCGUGACAAAGAGAGCUCACGUUUUUCCUCGCUGAAAGACAGUCUCUAUGUACAUGUGUAUAUUGUUGUGGCUAAUGAGUUUGAUUCUUAUAAAUGCCGGGGAACCAAAUCAAAUCAUCGUCACAAGACAUUAAAUGUUAAUAGGUUUAUUUUUGACUGCUUUAUAGUUACAGCUCAUAUAUCGACUGUGUACUUAGCUUUUUAUGUUCUUUCGUCUCGGAAGACUUUUGUAUUGGUGGCUUUGCCGUUUUUCAUUGUUCAGUAUGCGAAUAAUUUUUAAUUUUUUGCACUUAAUACACUUAAUACCCAAACCAAAUAGGUGUAAACCCACUUUUGCAAGCAUAUCAUUCAGGAUAGUGUUUUAUAGUUUAUUGCAUGCCGUCAUAUCACUGUCUCUGCCAGCUGGCGUCAACUUUCGGGAGCUUAGAACAUUUUCCGUAUAGUAUGUAUCCAUAUCAAAUAAGUUAUUGAAGUAUUUUUACGAGUUUUUGGUAUUGUUGUGGUUAAUAAAAUUUUGAUAUUCCAUUUGUGAUGAGUUUAGGCCAGUUUCUCUUGGAUAUUCAGGGUUGACACUGAAUUUUUUUUUUAAGGUAUGGUGCCACAGUACGUUAACUGUAUUUUGUUGCAAGCAUUAUACAUAGUGCAGAUUGACGAAAAGCUUUAAAAUAUAUGUCUGUUGGUUAAGUAUUAAUUGUUGGUUAAUUAUUAAUUCAUUGUUUUUUAUAGCAUUUUUAAUGACAAAACAAUUGCUUGGAGACGGGAAAAACCUUCUGUUUGUCAAACUUGACAAGUAUAAAGGGCGCAUCAACACAUUAAGAGGACUUGUCCGAAUCUCAUUUGUGUAGAAGUUUUAACUUAUUUACGUGUAAGUUAGGUUGUGAUGCUGCUAUUAUUAAAAUCUGUUUUGUAGCAAUAAACUGUAAAAACUGUAAUGGUGUUGGCUCUGUACUGUCUAUAGUACGUGUUUGCUGAUAUACUCAUAUACUGAACGUCUGAAUGCUGACAGAUAGACGUCUAAACUCCAAUGUACA